AUGCCCGCACAAACAGGGUUAAGGCCUUUAAAUAUGAAGCAUGGAUGGCCAGCGCUGGCACUUCUGCCUCUGGCUGCUCUGUCUAGCAUAUUCAACUGGAACCCGGCCAUCAUUCUAGUGCUGAACAUCACCUCCAUCAUCUUCCUCUCCCAGGCUAUCACCGCCUCCUCCGUUGAGUUGGCCGCACAUCUCGGAGAGCUACAGGGUGCCUUGCUCAGUGCCACCUUGGGGAAUACCGUAGAGCUGACGGCGGGCAUUGUAGCUCUAGUCCACGGCCAGAUUCCAUUCGCGCAGUCCGUCAUGGUGGGCAGCAUCCUUUCGGAUAUCCUGCUUGUCUUCGGCUGCUGUCUUGUCACAGCUUCAUACAACAAAGAUGUACUGGGAUUCAACAACGCCCUGGCAAAGACAUUAUCCUCCCUGAUGAUGAUAACCGCCGUGACGAUGCUCCUCCCGACAGCCCUCUACGCGAGCUUCCCGAUUGCCGAAAUCAACAAGAAAGUACUGCUCUUCUCACGGGGAACCUCAUUAGUACUCCUCCUCCUCUAUGGAGGCUACCUCUACUUCUACCUCGGAACGCACAACUACCUUUUCAUCUCAGAUAACGCUGAAACGGAUAGUGACGAAGACGACGAACCGUCAUCCCCGCUCGCCAACCGAGCAAAACUGGCUUUAUCGGUUACCCGACUGAUAGCAGCUGUGGUCGCGACGAUAUUUUGCACGGAGAUUGUAAUCGAGAAUACGAGCGACAUGGCGGACACACUGGGCGUCACUGAGGUUUUUAUUGCGAUUUUCUUUCUUCCGAUUGCUAGCAAUAGCACCGAGGGUGUUCAUGUCAUAGCCGCUUCACGGACGGGCGACACGGACUCUGCAAUUCGGGUUAUCAUCGAUAGUCUUUUGCAGAUUGGCUUGUUUGUCAUUCCGUUUUUGGUGGUCAUUGGCUGGUGCGUUGCGGAGCCGAUGACGCUUUUCUUUGACUCCUUCCAGACUGUUGCUAUGUUUUUAGCGAUUUUGGUCGUUAAUCAUCUACUACGGGAUGGGCAGUAUGCUUAUAUCCAUGGUGCCAUGCUGCUUGCCUUGUACUGCAGUUUAGUUGUGGUGAUGUAUGCGCGCUAG